AUGAAAAUCUUUUUGACUGGAGGUUCCGGCUUUCUAGGGAGCCCGUUCAUGAGAUACGCACUAACCCACGAAGAUGAUUUGUUGAUAGUGGCAUUAUCUAGAUCCAGUGUCGCCGAUGAAAAAAUCCGUCAUGCUUAUGAAGGUAUUAAGGGUGGUGAAGAUCGUGUUAGAAUUGUUCGCGGGAGUAUUAAUGACGAAGGUGCACUUAGAGAAGGAUUGGACGGGGCUGAUAUUGUUGUUCACAUGGCAGCAAAGGUUCAGCCAUGGGGCUUUUACGAAGAAUUUGAAAGGAUCACCAUCGGUGGAACACGUCUCUUGCUUUCAAUAAUCGAAUCCCUGCCGAAAAAGCCACGAUUAAUUUACACUUCUUCAUUUACCGCGCUCAUUGGUCGGCAUUUUCCCGAAGGUGCCAUUCUUCCAAAUUGGGCUCCUUAUUCAAAAUCAAAACAUUUUUCCGAAGAGUACGUCUUAAAAUCCUCGAUCCCAGAGACGAUUUGUCUUAGGUUGGGUUGGCUAUGGGGUAAACAUGACAAUGUGCUAUUGCCCAAAUUGUAUGAUCUCUGUACAAAUCCUAUUUGGAAGUUGGUUCCAAAAUGUUGUCACCUUUCAAUUUUGCACAUUGAUAAUGCCUGUGAGUCAAUCUUCCUUGCUUGCAAACUUCCAAAAGAUCUGUUCACUACCGGUGAAAAGAAAAUCUAUGAAAUAGAAGAUGUCGAAGGGAAAAUCUCGGUCGAAGAUUUUGUUGAUAUUUACGUUGGAACCGCUUACAAUAUGAAACCUCCAAGACCCUUCGAAAAAUUUCGACUUCCUGAAUGGUUUGUUUGGGGUGCGGUCGCCUUUAUCGAGUCGAUACCAUUACUCGGUUAUGGUAAAAAGUGGGUGAUAGGCGUAAUAAGCAGAGAACCCUUGUUCUGUAUAUUUAGAGAUUACCGAUUAAAACCUAAGAAUGUUAAGGAAGAACUCGGAUACGUUGGUAAGGUAUCCAGGGAAGAGGGAUUGGCGGAAUUAGCUGCCUGCCGAGAGAUCGUUCCUCGGUAA